AGCUAGCCCCCUGAGCCCCGCCCUCCAUAACUUCUCGCGGGAUCUGGCAGGAUCUCCCUCUUUCUUUCGCUGCCUCCGUCAUGCCGACCAAACUAAGGAAGACCAGGAAGCUCCGUGGACAUGUCAGCCAUGGCCACGGCCGUAUUGGCAAACACAGAAAGCAUCCUGGAGGUCGCGGUAAUGCCGGUGGUAUGCAUCACCACAGAAUCAACUUUGAUAAGUACCACCCUGGUUACUUCGGUAAGGUCGGUAUGAGACAUUACCACUUGAAGAGGAAUCAACAGUUCUGCCCCACAAUCAACCUGGACAAACUGUGGACCUUGGUCAGUGAGCAGACCAGGCUGACCCAUGCUAAGAACCUUGAAGGCCCAGCACCCAUCAUCGAUGCCGUGCGUGCAGGUUACUACAAGGUUCUCGGAAAAGGCAAACUCCCCAGACAGCCAGUCAUCGUAAAGGCAAAGUUCUUCAGCCGCCGAGCAGAGGAGAAAAUCAAAGGAGUUGGUGGUGCCUGUGUGCUGGUAGCAUAAACUGCACAGAAAACUAUUAAACUUCCAUUCUUUACACUC